AUGGAAUUUCCAGCUCUACAAUUCGUUUCAUUCUUUAUCAUAUCAGCGUACCUUCUCUUCUCAGCCCUUUUCACUGAAGGCCAACCCGAGUGCAACGUAAAGUUGGGCUGGUCGUUAUCUGCUGGAGACACUAACCUUCCAUGGAGCUCGCCUUCCGGUGAGUUUGCCUUUGGAUUUAGGCCUCUUCAACGAUCUCCGUCUGAUAAUGAAGAUCUCUUCUUGUUAGCCAUCUGGUUCAAUAAAAUACCAGAACAAACUAUUGUUUGGUCGGAAAACAAGUAUUCAGUUCCACGAGGAUCAAAAGUCCAGUUGACAAAUGAAGGGCAACUCAUUCUCUACAAUCCUCGAGGCAAGGAAAUAUGGAGGGCUCAAACUAAUAAUGGUAAAUCCUCCUGUGCUGCCAUGCUUAAUUCAGGGAACUUUGUGUUAAUAAAUGGAUAA